CCGUUGUUGGCGGGGUGGCGGGAACGGGCUGCGGGGGGCUCUGGCAGUUUCUGCCCCGGUCGGUAACAGGUGGCCCGGAUAGAGGGGUAUCGGGCCGCUCAGUGCGGCGCAGGGACACGAGAGGCUGACACUGCUGAGAGGACAGCGAGGUUGACGGGCGGAUCUUGCAGCGGCACCCAGCAAUAGGCGGGCGAGAUCCAGGAUGAGGAGCCGCAGUAAUUCCGGGGUCCGGUUGGAUUAUUACGGCCGGAUGGUGAACAACACCAUCUUGUGUCACCAGAAUUCUGUAACUGGAUUACUGCCAGCUAGUCUUGAUCAGCAGCAUGCUUGGGUGCGUGAUAAUGUGUACAGUAUCCUGGCAGUCUGGGGUUUGGGAAUGGCCUAUCGUAAAAAUGCUGAUCGCGAUGAAGAUAAAGCAAAAGCUUAUGAGCUUGAACAGAGUGUGGUGAAACUGAUGCGUGGAUUGCUACAAUGCAUGAUGAAACAGAUAAAUAAAGUUGAAAAAUUCAAGCAGACCCUAAGCACAAAGGAUGCACUUCAUGCAAAAUACAACAAUACAACAUGUAAUACAGUGGUUGAAGAUGAUAAAUGGGGUCACUUGCAAAUUGAUGCCACCUCCCUUUACUUGUUUUAUCUUGCACAAAUGACUGCAUCAGGGCUUCAUAUAAUUUUUACUUUGGAUGAAGUAAAUUUUAUACAGAAUCUUGUAUUUUAUAUUGAAGUAGCAUACAAAGUUGCAGACUAUGGGAUGUGGGAACGUGGUGACAAAACUAACAGAGGAAUUCCAGAGCUCAAUGCCAGUUCGGUAGGAAUGGCCAAAGCAGCUCUGGAAGCACUUGAUGAAUUGAAUCUCUUUGGUGCUAAUGGAGGUCCCAGAUCAGUCAUUCAUGUCAUGAAUGAUGAAGUGCAACUUUGCCAAUUUAUCUUGCAGUCAAUGCUGCCAAGAGCAUCAACAUCUAAAGAAAUUGAUGCUGGUCUCCUCUCAGUUAUCUCUUACCCAGCUUUUGCUGUAGAAGAUAUUGAACUUGUUGAGUUAACAAAACACGAGAUCAUCACAAAACUACAGGGUCAUUAUGGUUGCCGCCGGUUUCUGAGAGAUGGUUAUAAAACGCCAAUAGAGGAUCCUUCCAGACUUUAUUACGAAAAUGCAGAACUGAAGUUGUUUGAGAACCUAGAAUGUGAAUGGCCAUUGUUCUGGACAUACCUAUUACUCGAUGCACUGUUCAAUAAGAACACAGAGCAGAUUGAAGAAUACAGGGAAGCUCUGAACAGAGUUCUUGUUGUGCGCCCAGGUGGUAUCCAUUUAAUACCAGAACUUUAUGCUGUUCCAGCUGAUAAGAUGGAUGAAGAGUACCAGAACCCUCACACUGUCUCAAGAGUUCACUUGGGGAAGCUGCCACAUAUGUGGGGACAAUCCUUGUAUAUGCUAGGAUGUCUUGUUGCAGAGGGUUUUCUUGCUAUUGGUGAAAUUGAUCCUUUGAACAGAAGAUUCUCAACUGUUCCAAGACCAGAUGUAGUAGUACAAGUGGCAAUAAUAGCAGAAACUGUGGGAAUAAAGGAGGUUUUAGAGAAGCAUGGAAUCAGCGUUGAAACUGUAUCAGAAGUCUUACCGAUCCGUGUACAGCCAGCUCGUAUUCUUUCUCAGAUUUAUACAAGACUAGGUUGCAGUAAAAGAAUGGGAUUGAGUGGUCGGCCUUAUCGACACAUGGGUAUUCUUGGUACUUCAAAGUUGUAUAUUAUACGGGAUGAGAUCUUUGCUUUUACUCCUCAGUUUGUUGAUCAGCAGCAGUUCUAUCUUGCUCUUGAUAAUCGAAUGAUUGUCGAAAUGCUUCGAACAGAGUUAUCAUUUUUGUGCCGUUGCUGGAGGAAGACUGGGCGGCCCACUGUAACAUUUCCAAUUUUACAGUCCAUGCUCAUUGAUAAUGGCACCAGUUUGGAUCCUUAUGUUAUGUCAACAUUAAGGAAAUUACAAGAUGGAUACUUUGGAGGAGCCAGAGUUCAUGCAGCCAAUUUGUCAACAUUGUUGGUAACCUCAUGCUGCACACGACUCAGUUUUAUGGAUGUUGGACCUAAUGUGGAAUACCGAGAUGAGCUAACUGUGUACUUAAACCAACUGCUUGAGACGAAACCUUCAAAAACUACUUUGCUGUCAUCUGGAAAGAAAACGAGCCUGCAUCGAUUCCGUGAUGCCGCACGUGCUACGCGGGAUGUCGUAUCUCUGGCACAUAAAGCAAAAGAACUUGACAUUCAAAAUGUCUCUUUCUAUCUACCCAACAGCUUGUUAUCUGAAUCACGUCAUAAACUCAAUCUUGUAUCUGCAUCCUCAGUCAGUCCAGAGUUUCCAUUAAAGACCUCAAAAGACUUGCCUAGAGAUGACUCUGGUGAAAUAGACUGUAAAGCCUUGAUGGAACAGUUGAAAAAGUGUCAUAGCUUACAAGAACAGGUUGAAAUAACCCACUUAAUCUAUGUCACAAAGGGUAUAGAUUGGAAUGUGGGGCAAGAAGAUCAUCCUGACAUGACUGUUCAUGACCUCUUAAUGGAGCUGUACACAAAAGCCAGUAAUGAGCACCACUGGGGACUAAUCCGUUAUAUUUCUGGUAUGCUCCAUAAAAAAGUUGAAGAACUUGAUGAGGCCUGCACAACCCUUUUGUCAAAUCAGAAGCAUCUGACUGUUGGCCUUCCUCCUGAACCACGUGAGAGAACCAUUUCAGCACCCUUGCCUUCUGCUGAACUUACUAAACUGAUCGAAGAAGCUAACGAACACAAUAACACUUUGUUCAUCCUCACACAGGAAGUCAUGGUUUAUCUGGCAAUGUAUGCAAGGACAGAAGCUAAUCUAUUUGCUGAGAUGUUUCGACUGCGUGUUGGAUUAAUAAUUCAAGUUAUGGCAACUGAAAUGGGCAAUAGUCUCAAAUGUUCAGGUGAAGCAGCAACUGAAAGCUUGAUGUCAAUGAGACCCUCUGACCUGAAGAUACUUCUUCACCACGUCCUCAGUGGAAAAGAAUUUUCAGUUGAAGAAAAUGUUGAUCUUUCUACAAGAAAAUAUAUUUCUAUCCAUGAUGUGGAUCACACUGGAGCAACAAAAAGUGAGCGAGCUGGAAUUAGUAAACUGAAGCUUGAGAUGAUGCAGAUGGAUAAGCGUAGAUUUUCUGCUGCUGUAACCAAUAUUGAGACUGGAACUUUGAAGCCAACUGGCAAAGCUGAUGAACAAGAGCAAACACUUAAUGUGCCUGAUCCAUGGCAAGAUAGUGAUUUUAUAGACAUACGUCAGGGACAGUGGUUGCGGCGAAGACGAAUCGAUGGUGCACUCAACAGAGUUCCUGUUGGUUUUUAUCAACGAGUAUGGAAAAUUUUACAAAAGUGUCAAGGGUUGGCAAUUGAAAAUUAUGUUCUCUGGUCAUCUACAACUGAAGAGAUGACUCCUGGUGAGAUUAAGUUUGCUGUUCAGGUGGAGACUUUCCUAAACUGUGUGCCACAGCCAGAAUAUCGGCAGCUUCUUGUGGAGACGAUCCUUGUGCUAACCACGCUGGUGGAUAUAGACAUAGCGAACAUUGGUAGAACAAUUCAUAUUGAGGACAUUGCACACAUGGCAAAUAACUUAUUCAUUCAGGAGCAGGCAGCCUUGGGAGCCAAUGAUGAAAUGCUAGAGAAGGAUAAAACCACCGGGAUUUGUAAAUUGUUAUAUGACAGUGCUCCAAGUGGUCGUUUUGGCACCAUGACUUAUAUCUUGAAGGCUGCAGCUAUAUAUGUAGAAGAUUUCUUACCAGCUGAUGGGUGUCAAGUGCAAUAAAAUAUUUAUGAACUCAAAUUAGAUUGUGACACUGAACAAAGAAGCACAACGCGUAACAUGAAAAUCCAGAAACUUUAUCCAUGUUGAGUUACUCACAGUUGCAAAGCAAAAAUGACUGUGAAUUAAAUACUUAUCAAUUAAAUUUUCCAAGGAAGCAUGACCUAGUAUAUUUCUGAAUCCCUUUUGUUUAGUAGAGACUGAGAAAGAUCUAAGAUUUUAUGUAAGUCUUUUAUGUGAAUUGCGAAUGCAGAAAAAUUGCAUCAUUAAAGAAAGCUAUUAGGCCAGAAGUUCAAUUCAUUUCUGCCAGUGGAUGGGUUUUUCAGUCCUGUAUAAACUCAUUAGUAUUAAAAGUCCGAUACUGGAAAUUAAAACAAUGUAUUUUUGCUGUAAACUGGUAUAUAAACAGUAAAAUUACCUCAGCAUCACUUCCCAUCAUAAUGUUUUCACUGUUGCAUUAUAUACUGAAUUUGCAUUGAGAAUACUAAGUUCUCAUAAAACCUCAGGAACAAAUAAGCAAAAUAAUGAAAAAAUGUUUUUCCCUUGCACUGACAAGAAUUGCCGAUUUUGGUCCUGUAGUUUGUAUUUCCUUUUUAUUUAUAAUUUUUUAAGUAAGUUUACACUUUGACAGUAAUGAUCAUUACAAUAGAUCUGCCUUAUCUUAAUCUGUAAGAAAUGAUUUUGGAAGUUAAAUUAAUUUAAAAAAUAAUUUAAACCAGAAUCUUUUGUUUAUUUUGGCAAUACAUUUGUUAUCUUUGCUACUUAAUGAUUUGCAUGUGGUUGAGCUAUUUAACAUGUUCCUUUAUUAUUUCCAAACAAGGACAAAUCAAGCCUGUUAAACUUUAGAAUGAUAUGCAACUGCAUUCACAAGGGAGCUUGGAGCUUGAUUACUUGGAAUAUUUGAUGUGUAAAAAAAAAACAACUUGUGUGUAAGCAUUGUAGCAAAAGGUAAAAAGUACCUUGGAAGCUCAGAGUGUGGGGUGAGCUGCUUUGGAUAAUAUUUAUGAAGAUGUUAUAUUCAGAUCUUUACAGUGGCCUUGAAAAUGGCAUCAUAUUCUAAUAACAAUUAUACUUCACUUAAUUUGACCCACUUAAAUGCUUUUAUCUAUCUCAGGAAAAUCUAAACCAGUUAAUAAAAUAUUUAUGAACCUAACAAAUUAAUUUUUUUGUUGUGCCAAUAAUUUUAACUGAUACUUUUUUAACCUGAACUAGUAUUCACACAUGUGUAGUUGUCUUCCUGAAUUGUUGUGUUGCCUCCCAAAUCUGCAUGAUUGCAUGUCUGAACAGCACAAAAAGGGAACCAAUCAAAGUCUUUCUCUAUUACUGCGAUGCAUAAUCCAUUUUUGGCCUAGCUGUAGUUUACGAUGUGAUUUAACAAAUACACCUACAUCUCUUACCUGUAACCAGUAGGAUAAGGUAGCCUUCAAUUGAUUUUACCUAAUGUUAUGCCUCGAAAAUAAUUUAUCAGUACAUUUUCCGAUCCUGCAAUGUUGCUUCAUGAAAUCUUUGUGGAUUACAGUAAUCAUUGUCCACACUUAGAUCUCUCCAGAUGGACCUCAAAGAUAUGAAAUCCAGUUUCACUUUAUGGUCAUCACAUCUUUAUGGUCAUUGCAUUUGCUGAAGAAAGAUACAAAACUAGAAAGGUAUGGAAGUUAAAUUAUUAUGGUCAGUUACAGAGACUAGGCCUGUGCUC